CCCGUGUUGGUGGUCUUGGAAAUAACGGCAAUGCGGACCAACCCCGUGAUACGGUGGUGAUUAUUGAGCGAGGAGAAGAAGCAGGAGCAGCAGCAGCAGCAGCAGGAGGAGGAGGAGCAGUGGAGAGAAAGGGAGCCGGGGCAGCAACAGGAAGGGAAGAAGCAACAGCCAUAGAUCAAAACUUGACCAAAACAGACAAGGAAAUCCCCGGGACAAGGAACCCAGGAGCCGCGCCGAGGAAUCCUCUUCCUCACGCAGGAAGGGUCGCUCAGGAACCCGGACAGGCACGAGAGACAUGGGAUUUGAACGAGCAGCUCCUCAAGGCGGCGAGUGACGGGGACCAGACGGGAGUGAAGAUGUGGCUGGACGAGGGAGCCGACGUAGAGGCGGUUAGCUCAGCGAAAGGCGAUGAGAAAGGGCUCCGUCCGCUGCACCUGGCGGCGUGGGCGGGACACGCGGGCGUCGUCCGUGAGCUUCUCAGUCGGGACGCCGAUUUCAAAGCAAGGGGGGGCCGAGACGGAUACUCCGCCAUCCACUAUGCUGCCAAAGGGGGCUUCGUCGAGGUGUUGAAGAUCCUUCACGAGAAUAAGUGCAACAUGAAAGCCAAGACAGACAGUGGGCAGACGCUCCUCCACGUGGCAGCUGACAAUGGAAACCUUAAGGCCAUCGAAUGGAUAGUGGAAAACACAAAUAUUGACCUCGACGCCAAGAACAAUGAUCGCAGCACAGCUUUGGAAGUGGCCCAGAAAGCGAGGCAGAAGGACAUAGUCAAUUACCUGAUGAAGACUCCUGCUCAAGAGGCAAUCCGAAAAGGAGAUUUGGGGAAAGUGAGAGAACUGGUCGCCGGAGGAUUUGACGUGAACGCUGUGCUUCAGGAGAAGAAAAACAAAGAGUGCCGGCCGCUUCACCUCGCUGCUGAUGGAGGACAUGUGGACAUUGUGAAAUUUCUCCUUCGCUCGGGAGCUCAGGCAGAGGCUAAGAAUUACGAAGGCAUGACGCCGCUGCACCUGGCGUCCUGGGGAGGGCACGCAGAGAUCAUCAAGGCCCUGCUUGACAGAGGCGUGAAUGGGAAUGCAAGGACCAACGAAGGCAUGACGGCGGUCCACCUGGCGAGUAUGGGCGGCCACGUGUCCUCGAUGGAGGCGCUGACGCCCACGUGUGACUUCCUUUCAGUCACUCGCGAAGGGAAGUCGGCGCUCCACCUGGCGGCCGAGUACGGAAACUUAGGCGCUGUUGAAUGGCUGCAUCUACAAGGGCUUAAACCUUCUUUAAAGGAUCAUUCAGGACACACGCCUCUCCAGUGCGCGAAGGAUGAGGGACACAAGAAGGUGGUGGAGUACCUCAAACGCUAUGAUCAACAGACCCUCAACCGGCAUGGCAGAGAGUUACUCAGUGCCGUCGCAGAAGGAAAUUUGGUUGAAGUAAAACGAAUCAUUCGACUUGGCGCAAACCUGAACCUUUCAAGCAUCGUAGAAGGAGAAGAUGGUCGCCAAGCCCUUCACACAGCCGCUCUCCUUAGCUACACGGAAAUUCUACAAGAACUCCUGAGGAGGGGAGCUGAAAGAAAUGGGACGGACAGUCGGGGCAACACUGUAGUGCACUAUGCAGCGCUUCGCGAAGACCCCCGCGUGCUGCAGGUCUUACACGAGGAAAACGUAGAUGUGGCAUCUGCCGUGAACUUCAGUGGUGAAACUCCUCUGCACAUCGCCGCCUCCAGAGGAAACCUGAAAGUCCUCGAAUGGCUCUUGCAAAAGGGCGUCAACGUGAACCAUAAGAAUGCCGAGGGUAUGACAGCCGAGGAGGUGGCCGCCUCGAAGCGCCAGUAUGGCGCUGCUGAAAUUCUGUCAAAAAAUGUUGUAAAGAUUGACAGAGCAGAGGGACUUAAGAGCCUUGGUAAUACAUGCUACAUGAACACUAUCCUGCAGUGCCUCUUCUACAUCAAAGAAGUUACAGCUCUCUUCAAAAAUGAUAAAUACAAGCAAGAACUGGUUGGACCCAGGCUCCAAGCCAACGUCUCUGAAUCUUUCGCCGCUGUGGUAAAAGCUCUUACCUAUGGAGGAAAUUACGUAGGUGCUUUGAAAGAUUUCAAGAGCGCAGUGUGCGGGUAUGACCCCCUCUUCCUCGGAAACGACCAACGUGAUGCGCACGACUUCCUGUCCUCAUUCCUUUUUGCUGCAAGGAAGGAAUUCAGAGUAGGUUAUUGUACCCUCAGUUUUGGCUCCUAAUACACUAAUUUUUCU